AUGAGUGACGAGUUCAACAUGCCUAACCGUCGUUUUAAACCCGGUGACGACCAUAUGUGGACUUCAGUCGAGAAACCUGACGGUGUCAAUGGCGCUCUGCAACUUUACUCGCAUAAUAUGACGUCUACAAAGUGUGACAAGGAUGGCACAUGUUACUUUAAUAUUGAAACGGUGAACGAAGAGAGCGUCAUUCAUGUGUACAACAUGUACAAGCAUCCACCAGGGUAUGUUGAUGUUCCUUUCUACUACCGUGCGGGAAUGGUGCAGUCGUGGAACAAGUUUUGUUAUCAAGGUGGUAUGCUUGAAGUACGAGUACAAUUGCCAGGAGCAGUGACAAAGGAAUCUGGAAACCCAGAUCUUGCAAAGGGGAAUAGUGGCAAGGUCACUGCACGCAAAUACUACCCAACGUGGCCUGGUAUUUGGAUGCUUGGAAAUCUCGGACGAGCCAUCUUCUCCGCCUCCACAAAUCGGAUGUGGCCUUUUUCGUACGAUGCAUGUGAGCCUGACUUGUUUGAUCCGACAUUUCAGCGCAUUAGUGCUUGCAAUGAUAAUCCUGGAUACGGUUUGAAUCCCAAUCAAGGUCGAGGUGCUCCUGAAAUUGACGUUCUUGAAGGCUCAGCGGAUUUGAUUUCGUCGUCGAUUCAACUUGGUCCAGGAAUGCCGGAUGAAUACCGUCUCAUGGGUCUUGAUAAGUCCCGAGAUCAUUUCUCGUGUAUUUAUACGUCGGUCUGCCAGACACCAGGUGGAAACUUUGUGGGUGUACCAACCGCGGUUUAUAACGCUCGCGGCUACAAGACGUGGUAUCAAGGUCUUCGCUACGCUGCCAAUAAUUUUUGUGCACCUGAUCCCAAACAGAAACAGGACUACGAGGCGAUCGCUGCAUCGCUGAAGGAUGGCAUUACCGCGAAUGUUUGCUCCGUCGACGUCUGUCCUGCUUCGAACGAUACAUACGGAGACUUGGGUCCAAUUGACGGUAAAGGGACUACUCGCUGGGGUAUAAAUUACAAUGGCACUUGUUACUCGAAGUGGAACGUCUACACUGGUACGUACCUCUGUGAUCCCGACAACACGUUCUAUAAGUGUCCGAAUGCGCGGCCCGAGAAUGCGACAAAGUCUAAUGUAAUGGCCCCAUUCCACUACCAAAUGGAUGCUGUCUCUACUAAUUGGCAAACACAUGUCGGUGUUUAUACCGAAUUUGUCGUUUAUCAGGUCGAGUGGGUGACAGGCAAGAAUGGAUAUACUCGAUGGAUGCUGCAUGGUGCUCCGUUGUAUGAGAUUCCAUCCGAGUCCAUUUUGAACGUCCCUCAGAAUUCCAAGAAGACGAAUCCGCAAAAGAUAAUGGUGGAAGAACCGCUGUACAUAAUUAUGAACGUGGCGUUGUCGCAAGUAUGGGGUGCGGCUCCUCCGAAUCCAGGCAUCGAUUGUCGAGGCAAUGGUACUGUUGAAGAAAUUAACAGGAUCUGCGACUCUUUUCCAAUGCAUAUGAAAGUGGACUAUGUGCGACUGUAUCAAGACCUCGCAGACGAUCUUGACGCUGACAACUACAUGCAAGUUGGUUGUGACCCUAAAAGCCACCCAACCAAGAAGUGGAUCGAGGGACACAUUGAUGAAUACGAAGACAGUAAUAACAAGAUUGUAGAGGUCUCAGGCAAGGCGUUCUGUGAGACGAGCGAUGAUUGCACGAUCGGUGUCACUUUUGGAAAAACUGCAUUAAUGACGGGCAAGUGCGUCAAGAAGCGUUGUGAGUGUUUGCACAAUUCAUGGGGUGGUCCUCGCUGCACCACUGCCAUUUCAGGAUCGACUACUUUAUCCGGGGGACUGAUGAAGAGUACAUACGGUCCUCCAUUAGGGGCUGCUUGUGCUGUUGCUGUCGUGAUUUGUCUUUUAUUGGCGAUAUCCUCCUACAUGGUUAUUGUCAAGUCAGCCAAAGAGUCGAAGAUGGCGAUGGCUGCUGUGGGUGCAAAGCGAAAGGCUGCUAGUGGAACCGCUUCGACUAGGGAAAUCGGUAAUCGUGGCUCACAACUUGCCAUGAUGUCGAAGGACGGGCAGUCUCCGAACUUUGUUUAG